AUGCAGGGUGUGAAGAUCCAAUACUUGAAGGAUGAAGGCAAGUUCUUGCUGACCGUAUAUUAUAUAUUAAAAUAUAAUGGAAGAGCUUCUAAGCUCAUAGCCGGGGUGCUAGUGGUCCCCGGCCGUGUCGUGCGGCCCCCAGAAGGCCACCUUUGGCGUGUCUUGUGUCGCGGAGUCCAGCUUUGCAGCCCCGCUGAGGUGACUGUGAGCGUCUGCUGGAGGCAGCUGUGCGUGCGGCGAGCGGAGGCGUGGCGGGGCUCGGGGCUCGCGGGCAGCUGCCUGGGAAGCCGGGGGCUCAGUGCAGCCAUGCUGCCACCCGGGGUCAUCAGGGCCCAGGUCGACGGGCUGCAGAGACCCCACGCACCCCUCACAGCCCAGCCUGUUUCUCGGAAGUCCUUAGCAUUCACAUUUGCUAUCGGAGGAGCUUUACUGGCUGGAAUGAAAUAAUUCAAGAAAGAAAAGGCAGAAAAGCUGGAGAAGGAACGGCAGCGAAACCUAGGAAAGUCUUUACUCGGGGGACCAUUUUCCCUCACAACUCAUAUUGGAGAGCCUGAAACUGACAAGGACUACCUAGGCCGGUGGGUAUUGAUUUAUUUUGGUUUCACCCAUUGCCCUGAUAUCUGUCCAGAAGAACUAGAAAAAAUGAUUCAAGUCCUGGAUGAAAUAGAUAGUAUUCCAUCUCUGCCAAAUUUAACUCCACUUUUCAUCACUAUUGACCCAGAGACGGACACAAAAGAAGCCAUCGCAACUUAUGUGAAAGAAUUUUCUCCCAAGCUGACUGGCUUCACCGGGACAAAAGAAGAGAUUGAUCAAGUGGCCCAAGCAUACAGAGUAUAUUACAGCCCAGGAUCCAAGGAUGAGGACGAGGACUACAUAGUGGAUCAUACAAUAAUAAUGUACUUGAUUGGACCAGAUGGUGAGUUGCUAGAUUAUUUUGGCCAGAACAAGAAGAAUGCGGAAAUAGCUGGUUUGAUUGCUGCACACGUGAGGGAGCACCAGAAGAAGAGUUAG